GACAUAUUUAAAUAUUAUCUCUCCUUGGCCACUCUUAUAUUAUUUUUAUUAGGCCCAUCUCUUUCUAGAACUGCUUCUUGUUAGUGAAAGUGCAGUUUUGUUCGAUUACCGUAGUUAUUAAGAAUUCUAUAGGCAGAAGUUCACUCAAAGUAAUUUUUUCAGCAGUAAUUUAAGUUUAAGCAGUUCUCUUCUGCACAAUGUGCAAAAUUCACACUAUCAUAGGAUUGUAUUCUUAUAUAUUUCUCUUUAACAUUAACUGUAUUUCUACUUCUGUACUACUUGUCUGAUGCUUCUGUCUUCCUGCUGAAAGCCCUAUAAAUAGCGUAAGUACGCGUUGUGGUUUGGGUAAUUUUUGCACUGUUUUUAAUCUGCAUCUGCUGCAAAAUACAAACGUGUUUUUGCAGCGUUACUUUCAUCAUCCCUUCCCUGCUAGUCUUACAUUGCAAUUCUAAUGCUAAUACUUCAUGUAGCUAACUGGGAGAAUUUAGUUUCCUAAAUUAAUAUAUAGAAACGACAAGAUCUUACAAUAGACCAAUUUUGAAGGAAAAGCAACCAACUGCAUGGAAAAACCCUCUUUUACCUUGUUUUAGUUUUUUUAACCUAAUACCUGGACAAAGAGCAGUAGGAUACAGAUUAACUUAAUUACUCAUUGUUUAUCCUGAAGUAAAUCACCAUGUAACAGAAAAGACAACACUGAAGUAUUGUCUCUAACAAAGCAAGUUUUUGUGUGAUGGAUUGGUUGGGAAAUCCAAAGUGGAGCCCUGCCUAUGAAGAGAUGAUGUGUAAUGUCCCACAGAACUCAGAAGCUUGUGCCUCUGCAGACACUGAUGGUGCCCAGGAAUGGGCACAGGAGCAUGACCGAUGGAGAACUUUUGUUGGAUUUCCGCAGGGCUGUCCCGUUUCCGUGGUAGCUCUAGCACAAGCUGGCUUUAUUUAUACUGGAGAAGGUGACAAAGUGAAGUGCUUCAGUUGCCAUACGACUAUUGAAGGAUGGGCUCCUGGGGAUUCUGCAGUUGAGAGACACAAACAGCUUGCCCCCAACUGCAAGUUUAUUACUGAAUCUGCUUAUCUGGAAAGUAACAUGGAUCCUGUUGCCCAGAACUACCAGAAUAGAACUGAAAAUGGUACCAGCAAUUCAGCCCUCCCAUGUGCUCUAGAUGACUCUGAUGUGGAGGCAGAUUAUCUUUUGAGAACUGGGCAGGUUGUGGAUAUGUCAGAUAGUCUGUAUCCUAAAAACCCUGCUAUGUGGAGUGAAGAAACAAGAUUAAAGUCUUUUCACAACUGGCCCCUCAAUGACCAGUUGACACCACAGGAAUUAGCUAAUGCUGGAUUUUAUUAUACAGGUGUUGGUGACCAAGUGGCAUGUUUUUGUUGUGGUGGAAAAUUGAAGAACUGGGAACCCACUGAUAGAGCUUGGUCAGAACACAAGAGGCAUUUUCCCAAAUGCCUUUUUGUCCUGGGCCAGGAUGUUGGAAAUGUUUCAAGUGAAUCUAUUCCUGCUGAGCUUGGAAUAAGUGGUCUGAACAAUGCACAGCACCCAAGGAAUCCCUCUAUGGCAAAAUAUGGAAAGCGUUUACAGACAUUUUUAUCUUGGAUAUAUCCUGUUGACAAGGAGCAGCUUGCAGAAGCUGGAUUCUAUAGCAUAGGUAAAGGUGAUCACGUUGUGUGUUUCCACUGUGGUGGAGGAUUGCAAGAAUGGAAGGAAAAUGAAGACCCUUGGGAUCAACAUGCCAAAUGGUUUCCUGGGUGCAGAUUUGUGAGCAAGGAAAAGGGGAUAGAAUUUAUAAAUAAUGUUCACUUAAGAGAUGGAUGUAGGGAUUCAACAACAGAAGCUGCUGAAGGGACAAUACUUCCUAAAGAUGAUCUCUUACAGAAUCCUUUGGUACAAAGUGCCAUAGCCAUGGGUUUCAGUUUGUCUGAGAUUAGGAACACCAUGGAAAAGAGAUUGCAGAUGACUGGAGAAAGUCACACAUCUGUUGAGGAUCUGGUAGCAGACUUAAGUGCUCAUAAAGAAAAUACAAGGGAAGAAGAACCAAAUGAAAUCCCAGUUGAGCAAGAUGAGCUUAUUCAGUUACAAAACCUCUAUCUCAGUACUGAAGAGAAGUUAAGACGUUUGCAGGAAGAAAAGCUCUGUAAAAUCUGUAUGGCUAAGGACGUGUCAGUUGUCUUCAUUCCCUGUGGUCACCUAGUUGCCUGUAAGGAAUGUGCUCAAUUACUUAAUGAAUGCCCUCUGUGUCGUACAGAUAUUAUGAAAAUACAGGAAAUUUUUAUGUAUUAGUGAAAUGCACAGCACUAUGGAUGCAAAUGUUUCCUGUUUUAUUACUUUAAAAAUGUGUAAAGUAAUGUAAAAAAUGCAGUUUAUUCCAGAAUGUAACCAUAUGGCAGGAUUUAGAUUUUUCUGCUGUCAAACCCUACCCAUUUUAACACUUUACAAAUUAUUUUCCUUUAAGUUAAUUUUUUGUAUGUAAUAACAGUAUCUAUGAAAUGCAAAUAUGUAUAUUUUGUAACUUCAGUUCACAGACCUGAUAUGGAAAAGCCCAAGUAAUGUAAACCUUUAUUUAUGUGAUCAUUCCUUUGCUUCACUUUGGUAGGACUCUGUAUGACUGAAUUUUGUGCAAAUAGAGUUGUACAAAGAGCCUGUCCGUAUAUAAAAUUUGUAAAUAAAUUAAUUCUAUACAUGUAUAUUAUACCUGAGAUUUUAGCUUUUUAAAAAUUAUGUAGGAUUGAAAAUAGCCUCUUUUUUCUGUAACUUUGGUUGUGACAUAAUUCAGACAAUACACAUAAACCUGCUGCUGUAACAUUAUGGUUACUUCUGCUGCUUUGUAGAUUUGUAUGUUUUAAUUUAAUUCCUGUUUUCCUAUCUAUUUUUCUAGUUCAGAUGUAUAAAUUGUCUUCAGUAAACUGGUUUUAGCCAUCUGUUUUUCACAAAGAUCUAUCUUUAUAUAAAAUGUACAUUAAUUUUAUUAAUUAAAAGAGAAUUCAAGAGAAAUGAAGAUUUUAUGUACCCUGUGCCCUUCAUGAGAGUAGGCUCAUUUUAAAUUUGCCCCUACACAAAAAGAUGUUCAGUUUGAUAUUUUUCUUGUUUUUUGUUUUUUUUUUUAACACAGCAUCAUCCUACCUGAUUUAUCUGCUAAUACUUCGCACUGCUUCAUAUUUUAUAUUUUCAUAGGAGAAGAUGAAACUUUCUCUCCUAGAA